AUGCGCCCUUUGUCCUCGUUCGCGGGGGGAGCAGCUAUUUCCCUCGGCCUGGCCAGCAGCGUCUUCGCUGCUCCCGGGCUAAAGGCCUGUCUCCCUGACGACGGCAUCGAAGUUGUAGAGCUCCAGCCUGUCGAAGUCAUUUGUGAUGGCAAAACGCUCACCAGCACAAUCACUCGGCACUACACCGAGUACCCAGGGUCCUCUAAGUUCCCGAGUGACCUGGGAGGAUCUGGCUCGCCCGAUUCCCCCACGGCCCCGGGGUCCCCUGUCCCUUCAGGAAAAGAGCUUCCCUGCAAGGACUGUGUGACUAUCACGACCACUGUUGACACUCCUUUCUGUACUACAAUUCCUCCCGCUACCAAGGGAGGUCCCUCAACUGUUAUUACUGGUGUUGCUCCUCCAUGUGAGGAUUGCAUGACAAUCACCACUACUGUUCCCUUUCCUUUCUGUACUACCAUUCCCCCGGCUACCGAGGGUGGACCUUCAACUGUCAUUACUGGUGUCCCUCCUGUAUGUGAGGGCUGCGUUACUGUCACCAAGCCAGGACCAACUUCUUAUAUCUCUUAUAUCCCUCCUGCCUCUGAUGGCGGCAAGACAACACUAGCAAUAUGCCCUGGCCCAGUCACGGUAACUGUGACCGCCAAGGUACCUGCUUCUACCUUUGUGAGCGCUUCAUCUGGCUGCACCUACUGCACGGCCACACUGAUUGUGCCUCCGGUUCGCACAACCCUGACCCAUACUGGUCCUGUUCCUGGCACAGCUACUAUCCCAGCUUCUGCUGGUUGCACCAAAGGCUGUGGAGGUACUGUCGUCGUUACAGUUACUCCUGGACCUAAACCAACUGGUCCUAUUGUAACAUUGACUACUACUGGCCCUAUACCUGGCACAACCACAAUCCCCCCUGCCUCAAGUUGCCCAACAUGUGAGGGUACUGUUGUCGUUACAGUUACUCCUGGACCUAGACCAACUGGUCCUAUUGUAACAUUGACCACUACUGGCCCUGCCCCCGGCACAGAGACUAUCCCUCCUGCGACAGAUUGCUCUAAGUCAUGCACUACCACCAUUCGGGUCACCUCAGUCCCCAGCCUGUCAAGCACAGGUCGAUUGACAACGAUCACCACAACCGGUUCUGUGCCUGGUACAACCACAAUCCCCCCUGCCUCAAGUUGUCCAACAUGUGAGGGUACUGUAGUCGUUACUGUUCCUCCCGCUUCUUUAACAACGAUUACCACAACCGGUUCUGUCCCUGGUACAACCACAAUCCCCCCUGCCUCUAAUUGCCCUACUUGUGAGGGUACUGUAGUUAUUACGGUUCCUCCAGCUUCUUUCACAACAGUCACAACCACUGGCACUGUCCCUGGUACUACUACAGUACCUCCUGCCUCUGAUUGCCCUACUUGUAUAGGCACUGUUGUAGUUACGGUCCCUCCACCUUCUUUCACAACAAUCACUACAACCGGUUCUGUCCCUGGUACUACUACAGUUACCCCAGCUUCAAGCUGCCCUACCUGUAUAGGCACUGUUAUAGUUACGGCCCCCCCUGGCUCUUUCACAACAGUCACUACAACCGGUUCUGUCCCUGGUACUACUACAGUUACCCCAGCUUCAAGCUGCCCUACCUGUAUAGGCACUGUUAUAGUUACGGCCCCCCCUGGCUCUUUCACAACAGUCACAACCACUGGCACUGUCCCUGGUACUACAACAGUACCCCCUGCCUCCAAUUGCCCGACCUGUGAAGGCACUGUGAUCAUCACUUCGGUUCCUCCAGCGUAUACAACAACUACCAGUUUCGGUUCAGUCACUUUGCCUACAACAACUACUCUGACUAAUACUGGAACCGGGACCAGAACCGUUGUGGUUAUUGUGCCUACCCCUUCAAAGCCCGUCGUAACUAUCACAUCCACCACAGGUACAGUACCUUCAGCGACUACCAUUAUAGCUACUGGAACCACUGGAACUGACACUGUUAUUACCUUCGUUCCCUCUGCGCCUGAACCUGUUAGGCCAACAACAACUAUUACAUCUACUGGUACAGGCACAGUACCUUCAGCGACUACCAUCACAGCUACUGGAACCACUGGAACUGAUACCGUAAUUACGUAUAUUCCAGCAACUACUGAGCCAAUUGCUACCAGGCCAACUACAACUAUUACAUCUACUGGCACAGGCACAGUACCUUCAGCAACUACUAUUAUAGCUACUGGAACCACUGGAACUGAUACCGUAAUUACGUAUGUUCCAGCAACUACUGAGCCAAUUGCUACCAGGCCAACUAUAACUAUUACAUCUACUGGUACAGGCACAGUACCUUCAGCAACUACCAUCACAGCUACUGGAACCACUGGAACUGAUACCGUAAUUACGUAUGUCCCAGCAACUACUCCUGAACCUAUUAGGCCAACUACAACUAUCACGGUCACUGGCACAGGUACAGCACCUUCGGCGACUACCGUCACAGCUACUGGAACCACUGGAACUGAUACCGUAAUUACAUAUGUCCUAGCAACUACUCCUGAACCUAUUAGGCCAACUACAACUAUCACGGUCACUGGCACAGGUACGGCACCUUCAGCAACUACCAUCACAGGUACUGGAACCACUGGAACAGACACUGUCAUCACCUUCGUUCCACCGGCUCCUCAGACCACAGUCACUAUUACAUCCACAGGAACACGAACUGGCAUUACGACUGUCCCGCCUGCGACCUCUGGUGAUCCACCAACUGUUAUCAUCUUUACCACGAUUCCAUUCAGUACGGUUUCUGUCACCUCGUCCUCAACCACUCAACCCGGUGGGGUCACAACUCUAACAUCUACGGGCACGACUACAGGACUCACAACCAUACCUCCUGUCGUCAGUAAUGGCACUACUGUUGUCAUUACAUUUGUUACGCCUUCAGCUACUUCCCCUUCUAGCAGUUUAUCUGAGGCGUCAACCACUUCAUCUGAGGCGUCAAGCACUUUAUCGUCAACCACUUCGUCUACGUCUAGGUCGUCAACCACUUCAUCAUCAACCACUUUAUCGUCAACCACUUCAUCAUCAACCACUUUAUCGUCAACCACUUCAUCGUCAACCACUUCAUCGUCAACCACUUCAUCGUCAACCACUUCAUCGUCAACCACUUCAUCGUCAACCACUUCAUCGUCAACCACUUCAUCGUCAACCACUUCAUCGUCAACCACUUCAUCGUCAACCACUUCAUCGUCAACCACUUCAUCGUCAACCACUUCAUCGUCAACCACUUCAUCGUCAACCACUUCGUCUACAUCUAGGUCGUCGACUGCUACAUCUACCACCAGUACUUCAACCAGCACGACGCGCUCUACUACGAGCUCCACCACUACACGCCCUACCACUGUUUUCACGACUAUUACUCUGGCUACCACAAGUACUGGGCUCACAACCAUUGGUACUGGUAGUACUCGCACUGUCAUUACAUAUGACUGUACUGUCACUCAAACCCGCUCAGUCUCGGCGACUAAUACAAACUCGGCUGCAAACACUUUUAUUGUACCAGCCUGCGCUACGGCGAUGCGUUUCAUUGUUGCAGGCGGUAAAGGUGGAGCUCCUGUUAUUAAUGGUGUAGAGGCCGACAACGGUGCUGCUGGUGCUCAACUAUCGGGAACAGUAUCUGUCACACCGGGACAAAGCGUGGUGCUUUUGGCAGGUGGAAGGGGGGGAAUUGGCCGGACUUCUGGGGUCAGUCCCGGUGGAAUUGGAUAUGGUACAGGCGGUACUGCCACGGACAGCGCUGGUGGUGGUGGUGCGGGAUCGUCCUUGACACUGAAUGGCAGGCUACUUGUUGUCGCUGGUGGUGGUGGCGGGGGAGGCAGGUAUACAGACCUUGCCGAUACCAAUCCUCAAACUGUUACCUACUCUGGUGACAGUGGCAAGGGCGGAGGCUUCAAUGGUAACACUGCUUACAUCUCGUUAAGGGCAACUCCUAACCAACACACUGUCACUAUUCAGGGUGGUCGAGGAGGUGGCGCAAGUGCCCCCGGCGCCGGAGGAACUGUUAGUGGAAGUCCCACCUUAUCUACCAACGGUGCUCCCGGCAGUGGCAUGAACGGUGGUAAUGGUAGACCAGGUCUCGGGACCACAAAUCUAGGGUCUGGAGGAGGUGGAUCUGGUUACUACGGCGGUGGCAGUGGAGCUGUUGCCCAGAAAACAGUCGGCACAAAUCCACCAGCCGCAGCAGGUGUUCAAGGUGGUGGUGGUUCUAACUACCUCGCCAGCGGAGUGACUGCUACAAGCAGUAUAAAUGACCGACCUGGCUUUGUCACUGUUGUCUUCUUUGGCUAG